AUGAGCGCGAGAGUCUCUGAUGCAGCUCCACCGCAGAACUCAAACUCAGCUUGGUCAGGUAUAGAGGACCAAUCUGUCAAGGAGAUAAGGUGGUCAGGAAAAGCUAUCAAAGCGUCGCCACUUAUCAAUGAUCCGAUAUCUGCCGUAGUGGUGGGAAUGUUAGCUACUGUGGUGCUACAGAGCGCCACAACGACCACAAAUGUCCUUGUGGGCAUGAUCGCAGCUGACAUGCUUACCGUACAUGAAGCCAUACCGGUGAUGAUUGGCUCGGAACUGGGCGGCACCCUUGUCAAUGCCAUUGUGUCGUUAGCCUACUCAGGAGAGCCUGUACAAUUUCGACGUGCCUUUGCGGCUGCAACACUUGGAGACGUCUUUAACAUCUGCUGUAUUUUCGUGAUUUUGCCACUCGAAUUAGCCACAGGAUUUAUCGAGGAAUUGAGCUGGCUGAUAGUUGAUCCACUGAUUGCUGAACAAGGCAUCAAUUUCAAAACUCUCGAUCUCUUGACCGAUCCGGUAAAUAGGAUGGUUUUAGAGGUCAAUGAAGACGAGCUAAGGAACGCAACCAUAGACGACGAUUACUUCGCACCCGAUCAUUCUUUUGUUUAUCGAUGUGUUUUCAAGAAUGGUUCGCGGAUAUACAGAUGUCCAUACACACAUCUUUUCGCCUACUCUUCCUAUUCGGAUUCAAUUAUUGGUUGGAUAGUCUUGAUAAUUUCUGUCGCUGUACUGGUUUUUUGCCUGAUUGGAGUCGUAUAUCUGAUUCAACAACUUUUGAAAGGUCCAUUGGCGAAGUAUGUGCGUGGACUGCUCAGCAGGGAGUGUCCGGGAAAAUGGAAGCCGUGCACAGGAUAUACUGUGAUGCUCGUAGGGCUCGUCAUUACCCUUGCAAUCCAAUCAAACAACAUAUUCAACUCGUCGUUGACACCUUUGGUUGGGUCAGGCGUGAUAACUCUGGAGCAAAUGUACCCUCUUAUUCUUGGAGCAAAUAUCGGUGGAUCGUUUAGUGCAGUUUUGGCUGCUCUUGCAGCAGACGGCUCACGCUUUGAGAAAACCCUACAUAUGGCCGUCUGUCAAGUGCUGUAUAACAUCAUUGGCACUUUCAUGUUUUAUUUGAUACCAUGGACCAGAAAACUACCGAUUUUUCUUGCAAGAAGACUGGGCGAAAUCACAGAUCAGUAUCGAUGGUUCAUAGUGGUGUUCAUCUUUCUAUUUUUCGUGUUGAUCCCCGGCAUUGUAAUAGGCCUUACUUUGCUGCCUGACUAUGUAAUCGUUGUGUGCUUCUCAGUACUCUUCGUACUGGUGAUGCUAAUUGUUGUCAUUACGGGCAUGCAGAAUCACUGCCCUGGCCUCCUUCCUGAAUUUUUGGCUGAUUGGAACUGGAUUCCAGUGUGUUUCCGAUCUCUACAGCCGUACGAUGCAAUGAUGACCAAAAUCUUCACUUCAAUUCCUUUUUUUGGAGAUUUCUUUCGAAAGCCUCCUACAGGAUCCUGCAACGGACGGACCGAUUCCGUUCAUAUGAUGAUGAAGCUCAGCAAACACACUCAGGUGUAA